UAGGCUAGCGUCACCCGACCUGCGACGGCUCGGGCGGUUUGUUUUGGUGCGUGAACGUGAAGCUCAGUGCUGCAUUAUCGGGUUCAAUCAAUUACAAAUCAAUUACAAAUCAAUUAACAUGAUUCACGAGCUGCUGCUGGCGUUGAGUGGAUACCCGGGGACCAUUUUCACGUGGAACAAACGGACAGGUCUGCAGGUGUCCCAGGACCUGCCCUUCCUUCACCCCAGUGAGACCAGUGUCCUCAACCGGCUGUCUAAACUGGGCUCCGAUUACAUCCGCUUCACAGAGUUCAUAGAACAACACACCGGCCAUGUGCACCAACAAGAACAUCACACGAACCAGCCCAGCCAGACGGGACUUCAUGGAAUUUACUUGCGGGCUUUCUGCACAGGUCUGGACUCUAUUCUGCAGCCGUACAGACAGGCCCUGCUGGACCUCGAACAAGAGUUCCUUGGAGAUCCACAUCUGACAAUAUCUCAUGUGAAUUAUAAGCUCGAUCAGUUCCAGUUGCUGUUUCCUUCUGUGAUGGUGGUGGUAGAGACGAUAAAAUCACAGAAGAUCCAUGGCUGUCAGAUCCUGGAGACGGUGUACAAGCACAGUUGUGGGGGGCUUCCUCCUGUACGCAUGGCCUUAGAGAAGAUUCUUGCUGUGUGCCACGGCGUGAUGUACAAGCAGCUAGCAGCUUGGAUGCUGCACGGACUGCUGCUGGACCAAAGCGAGGAGUUCUUCGUGAAGCAGGGGCCCAGUGCCGGAGGAGCUGCUGCCAACCAGGAGGAGGAUGAGGAGGACCUGGGGUUGGGAGGUUUGAGCGGGAAACAGCUCAGAGAACUCCAAGACCUGAGGCUCAUCGAGGAGGAGAACAUGUUGGCUCCGUCCCUGCAGCAGUUCUCCCUGCGAACCGAGAUGCUUCCCUCUUACAUUCCCAUCAGAGUGGCUGAGAAGAUCCUCUUUGUUGGAGAAUCUGUCCAGAUGUUUGAAAAUCACAACCACAGCCCAUCCAGAGCUGGCUCCAUACUGAAGCACCAGGAGGACCUGUUUGCUGCAGACCUGCACAGACUCAAACAGCAACCUCUGUUCAGCCUGGUGGAUUUUGAAAAUUUGAUUGAUCGCAUCAGGAGCACAGUGGCAGAGCAUCUCUGGACGCUGAUGGUGGAGGAGUCAGAUCUGCUCGAACAGCUCAAGAUCAUUAAGGACUUUUAUUUACUGGGUCGUGGCGAGCUCUACCAGGUUUUUAUUGACCUUGCGCAGCACAUGCUCAAGACUCCUCCGACUGCCGUCACUGAGCACGAUGUAAACGUGGCCUUUCAGCAGGCGGCUCAUAAGGUGCUGUUGGACGACGACAACCUCCUGCCUCUGCUGCACCUCACUGUAGACUACCAGGGCAAAGACGGCAAAGAGGCGACAGGCCCCAGAGAAGGAGCCACUCCUCCACAAGACACCUCCCCUCGUGAGGUCCCUCCCACAGGUUGGGCGGCUCUCGGUCUCACCUACAAGGUCCAGUGGCCGCUGCACAUCCUCUUCACUCCUGCUGUCUUGGAGAAGUACAACGUUGUGUUCAGGUACCUGCUGAGUGUUCGGCGGGUGCAGUCGCAGCUGCAGCACUGCUGGGCUCUACAGAUGCAGAGGAAACACCUCAAGUCCAGCCAGACCGACGCUGUCAAGUGGAGACUGCGCAACCACAUGGCGUUCUUGAUCGACAACCUGCAGUACUACUUACAGGUUAAUAAUACAGUGAAAGAGGCACCACGUGUAUUUGAUGUGCACAUUACCCCACACACAAACCAGCAUUUGUAAAAACAGAUUUAGCAGUAAGAUUCAUUAUUAAUCAAUUAAAUAAUUUCUCACAUACUUUAAAGUAGAGCCCGAUUUUUAAGACCAAUAU